CUAAGAACUUGAUUUCUUUUAGGUCUCUUCUAUUCUGAGUGGUCUCCGACUCUCCGCAAUAUCAACCCGUCGUGCUCUGGCCAUCGAUUCUCAGGUCGCCGGUCACUUUUUCCCGAUUCGCAACAUAUUCUCCCCUUUCUCCGGGCUGUAGUCUUUUCUCAGAUGAUAAUGCUUAAGCAAGUGAUUGGCAAGCAUUCGAUAGGAAAGCUUAGACCUUUCUUGUGCCAAACCAGUCGUGGGUUUCACAAUGGACGGACUGUUCUUGCACCAAGAAGCUUCUUUGGAGUAGAAGACUACAUGGACGAUGACACAAGCCGACCAUACACAUACCAAAAAGAGAAGAAAUCGAAGAAUCCAGACAAGCAUGUCUCGUUCAAGCAACGGACAGUGGCGUACAUGGAGCCGUUCACACUCGAUGUCUUCAUCUCAAAACGCUUUGUUUCGGCAUCUCUCACGCACCGUGUCACAUGUAAGCAAGUUGCUGUUGCGGGAACAAACUCAAAAGACGUAAAAGCGGUUUUGAGGUCAAGAUGCGAUAUCCCGGCAUGUAUGUCCAUAGGGAGGAUCUUGUCUGAACGUGCGAAAGAGGCUGAUGUUUACACUGCUUCCUAUACGCCAAGAGACCAAGACAAGUUUGAAGGCAAAAUCAGAGCUGUUGUCCAGUCCCUUAUUGAUAACGGAAUUGAUGUUAAAAUCUACCUCGAUUAGAUACGAAAUCAUGUUUAUGUCUGUGUUGAAACUAUGGUUUGAAUCCAUAUUAUUUCCCCAUUUUUAAUGAUUAAAUUAGGCGCAAAGUAAA